GGUGAGGUGAGGCAGGCGUCCGAUGCCCCGGGUGGAGGGGUGCGAGUGCCUGAUGCCCCCAGGGGCUGUGCAGUGUUGUCCCUAGUAGCCCAGAGGGGCUUAGUGGCUGGGGUGUUGCUAUUGCAGGACUUGCCCUUAAUCCUUCUAUCUCACAUUCCUGUUAGCAAAUAAUCCUGUGUGGAUACUGGGCUGUGCUCCCUGGUGGCUUCAGGGGAGCUGGGGAUACCCAGGGCUCCCGCCUCCUUUAAAUCACUUCCGCCAUGGUGCCUGGGAGUGUUAAGCAGAAACAGUUAUUCGCGGCAGAAUGGGUGGCAGGGCCAGACCGUCACCCUGUAAGCUUAUUGCCGUAUCCCAGGUCCUUCUCCAGCUGGCGUCUGUCGCUGUCGUUCCACUGUAUCGGAUAUUAGAUUGGAAAAUCUUUGGGACAGCGACCACAUCUUUUUAUGUCUUUGAAAGGGCCAAGAGCACUAUUGGGGUGGCUUAAAAAUAAGACAAAACUAAUAUCUUUGGGCUUGCCUACACAUGGAGUUAUUCCUGAUUAACUCCCCAUGUGGACACUCUUAUUUUGGAAUAAGAGUGCCUUGUUUCUGUUUAGCUUAUCCCACUUUCAAAGGAUCAGAGCUAACUCCGUGUGUAGACAAGCCUUAAGUAACUAACUGAGCUGGAAACUUUUUUUUUAAUGCAAAUGUAAACUUCUCCAAAAAUCAAGGCGCCUGUUUCCCUCCACGUACAGUGAUGGGAAAACUGCCAUUUGUCACUGACACUAGUCCAGAGAUGGGAAACAAAAAUAACCGGCCUGUGGUAAUUCUGCUGGGGUGGGCUGGCUGCCGUGAUAAACACCUGGUGAAAUACAGCACCAUCUACCAUCAGAAGGGGUGCACAGUUAUCCGCUACACAGCUCCGUGGAAGAUGACGUUUUUCGCAGAAUCCUUUGGCAUCAGGUCCCUCCGGACCCCAGCUAGGAAGCUGCUGGAGCUGCUCUUUGACUAUAAAAUUGAAAAGAAACCGCUGCUGUUUCACGUGUUCAGCAAUGGCGGGGUCAUGCUUUACCGCUACAUCCUAGAGCUCAUCCACACGCACAGGCAAUUCAGCAGCCUCAAGGUGGUGGGCACCAUUUUUGACAGUGCCCCCGGCAGAAGAAACAUGGUGGGGAGCCUGCGUGCCUUGGCAGCUGUCUUGGGCUCGACUAACGUACUGCUCAAGUAUUGCCUCCUGCUUGUCUUCGCCAUCCUGGUGGUGGUGCUGCGGAUCUUGCUGCAUCCAGUGACUCGCUUCUUCCAUGAGACCCAUUAUGAUGCCCUGCUGAAUGGGCCUUCGAGGUGGCCCGAGCUCUACCUCUACUCCAAGGGGGACAGGAUCAUCCUGGCCAGUGACGUAGAGCACAUGAUUGAGGCCCGGCGGCAGCACAAUGUUGCAGUGAGAGCUGUGGACUUCUCGGACUCUGCUCAUGUCAGUCACUUGCUGGCAUAUCCCUCCUAUUACAUGAGCCUCUGCACCUCUUUCAUGUAUGACUGCGUUGGAUGCUCGUAGGUUUCACCCCGGCAGAGGUAGCAAGUGCCUGUGUAAAGACCCCCUGCAGAUGCUCCCUCUUCACUGGGAUCACACCGGAAACAAACUGCUCUCUCUCUAUCUCUCUGCCUCUCUUUCGUCAUCAUCUCUCUGCUUACAAUAAAAUCCUGAGCCCAACAUCCUUCCCCAGAGCGUGGAGGCACAGAAUUGCUGAUUUCUCGGCAUCCCGUACACAGCUGGAUGUCUGAAGCCUCCAAACCGGUUGUUGGGCUGGGCAGAAGUGAGGGUGCUAAGUAGAGCCAAGAGAGUCUAAAUGAAUGUAACUUACAUGAUAGGGGUAAAAUUCUGACCCACUGAAGGCAAUGGGAGGUUUGCCAGGGGUGGAAUUUCACCAGAGGAGGCCAGAGAAAGGAGUGAAGUACUGACUGGAGGAGCACUGCAUCCCCCUUUUUAUACCCACUUCCUCUUUCCCUGCUGCCCUCCACCAGGGACUACGAAGUGUACAACUUACAUCACCAUCCACAUCCACUCUCUGUCUUGUUACACUGGAGCAAUUCUGUGACCCAGGGCUCUCCAGUUAGCCUAGGUUUUGGGUUUUUUCUCUGCUGCUUCCUCCGGCCCACUGUUGAGUCAGCUGAAGCUCUGCAGUGUCCUCUCAUUCUCCCACUCCCCACCCCACCCUUCUAUUUACACUCCUCCGGGCUCAGCCCUGCAGAUAGUCCCAUUGAGGAGGAAAGAAUGAGACUCUUGGCAGAGUCUUUAAUAGGGCAGACCAAUGCGGGUCCCUCCCUAUCCCUGCCCUCAAGGCACUGCCCCUCAGCCCUAUUCCUAGCUGGAGAUCAGCUCCAGGAAUCAAACGCAGGGUCUCCGAAAGGGCAGUGCAGGUAACCGCACCCCAAUGUGUCAGCCUGGUUCUGUUUAACAGAGCUGGGGCAGAAUGGCCAAAGGGCUGCUCCCUUGCUAGAUGGCUCAAACCCCCGUAGGUGAGUUAAUUUAAAGCUUUAUCUGUGAAAUAUC